GGGGCUCUGUCAAUAUUUUGCGAUUCACCUGAUCUGGGGAGGAGAAGAAGUCGAAACAGCGUCUUAGACGAUUGGAUAUCUGGAGUUCGACGAUGAGUUCUCCGGCAUUCCAGAGCGAUCUCGGGCUUCAGAUCUCUUCACUAGAAGGGCAUCUAGUGCUUAGCACGGGGACAUGCCAGCAGACUCUCCAAUCAGACACGAACCAAGUGCCAAAGCUGUCUCACGAACUGGUUUGUUGGAACCACUUCGUCAGUCUGCGACUCUGCGCCUUAUUAUUAUUAUUAUUAUGCACAACAACGGUGUUGCGUUAUUCGAAUAGGGGGAGCCAAGACGCUUUCCCCACAGAAUUUGUGCGCGGCAGUCUCCUUUGCCUGGCCAAGGCGACGCUAUUCGUAUCAAUCUGGAACCAGGGGCAAAAGAAAAUCAAAUGGAUAUCAUGGGCAAAGGCAAAAAAAGAAGCCCAUACCAGAAUAACCAGGUAUUCUCGCUUACCGAAACUAAGUGCGAUCUGGGGAUGCCUUUUAGGGUCCACGAUCCAAUAAUGGUCGACAACCGGACUACGCAGACACGAACUUGAAGGGGAAUAGCUCCUGAUCAGACGGCGCGCGAUUACCAAUGUGCCUUUUGCACUCAUUCCGGCUGAUCGCCUUCAGUUCCCACCAUGUGACGUUCAGUACUCCGUACCUUUCGUCACGAUGAGUUGGUGUCCACACGUCUUACAAAGAAGAACGCUUGCGGAGAUUCCUGCUCGGUAAAUGCAGACGAGGCUACACGGCUCCUGGGGGAGAGAAGGGAGCAAAGUACUCCGUACUCCGUAGGGUGAUAAUAAUGCUUACAAUGCG